AUGAUUAUUAAGUCUAAAGCUACAGUAACAAAGAUCAAGUUACCUUAAUUGGCUAUGAGUCAUAUUCGUGAACGAUCAACUCGACAUUCAUAGACUAGAUCCUUGAAUCCAUCUCAAUCUCCUAUGUCUAAAAUUUUAUAGCCAACAACUCCAUUGCAUUCAACUCAUCAUAAGAACUCCUCUUAUUAUCAUUAUUCUAGCAUAAUGAAAAUAGAAUAAGCUCCUCUUAAUGAAGUCGAAAUGUUUAACUGUUUAUAUAAACCUCUUGAUGCUGCCACAACAACUAAAAAUAAAGAUAGUCCUCUAAAGCGUAUACGAAAUAGUAGUAAUGAGAACUUUUAGAAUAAUUUUAUGAUAUCUCGAGAUCCUCGCAGAAGUGCACCUGAUUUAGACUUGUAUCCAAAUUACUUGAAAAAGCCUUAAUUAUAAAAUCAAACAAAGAGAAUUGAAAUAAGAGAGAAAAUAAUGGAAAUAUAUCAUUAGGUUGAGAAAUUACUGAAAAAUCAUAAGGGUUAUGUAAGAUAAGUAGAAAAGAAGCAAGCUGUAAUUACUUUAGUAAAGUUAAGAAAAGAAUUCAUACUUUUAAAUUAGGAUUAUAAUGAUUAUUAUAUUUUACCAAAAGCAGAACCUGAUCUUGAAUUUAAGAAUAGAAUGGAAAUGUUAAUUAAUUUAUUUUAACCUAAUAAAUUAUAAAAGAGCAAUAGAAUAAAUCUAUUAUUUAAUUGUGAUGAUUCAUUCAAUACUGCUGAAUAAAGUUAGAUAAUGCAAUUUUUGUCUGAUUAAUUUAGUGAUCAAGAUUAAUAUAAUACAACCUCUUAGUAAUCUUGUGAGAACUUAUCUGAAGUAUCUGGAACAAUCAGUCAAUCAAAAAGAAAUGCUUAAUAGCAUAGAAACACAAAAGUUUCAGUAUCAAGAUAAUCAAAGUUAAUUAAUCCAAUAGAAUCAUAAUAAAUUUAAUAAACACAAGUUGAUUCAUAAAAAUAGAAACGAAAAAGUAUUAAAUAAGAUUUAAAGGAAUCAAAAACUUAAAUACCUAGAAAAUAUACUAAAUUAAGUAUUGAAGAUAUCAUGGAUACAAAAGAUAAGAAUGCUAAUAUAAAUUAUUUAGAUGAUGAAGAAGAACCAAGUGAUAAUGGUACAGGUGAUAAAGGUACAGAUACAAAAAGAAGAGUAAGAAGAGAUGCAAAAGUAAUAAGCAGAAAAAAUGCUAUUUUUGCAGCUAAUGGCUAAUAAAUUGAUAAGAAAAAUUAUAGAAUUAAUACUGAUGGAUAGAUGGUAAGUGAUUAAUUGUCUGAUUAAGAUAAAUCUAGUGAUAAUAGAAGGUAAUCUGAAGAAACAAAUAGAAAUGGUUUAGAGAAUAGAGAAGAUUUAUUAUCUAAUUAGGAAUAAAUUGAUGAGAUAUUAAAUCAAGUUGAAAAUGAGUUAAUUGCUUAUUAGAAAAUAGAUGAAAAUGAUAAUAAAAGAAGAAGAGGUAAAGGAAUGGAAUUUGAUAUGGAUAAUAAUAAUAAUCAAUAAAGUAAGUUUUAAAAGUAAUAAACUAAAUAUGACUAAAAUUUUAUCAUUAAAUAAAGUUAAAUAUACAAAACAGAACCAGAAUUUUUAAAUUAAAUAAUUGAUGAAACUGGUUUAAUUGAAGCCUUGUACAAUUGUUAAUACAUUUAUGAUUCUCGAAUAUUGGAUUUAUAUAGAAUAGAUAAAUAAUAUACUACAUGGGAUGAUGAUAUAGAUUAUAUUUACUGUGGAGAAUAUUAAUUCAAAUGA